CACACUGUGACUUUCAAAAUGGGAAGAAGAAACAACUUGUUAACUUUUUAGAAUAUUAAUACUUAUUCUUAAAUGCAUUUAUAUGUAUGCAUGUGUAAUAUUUGUUAGGAAGGAUUAUUUACAUUACGCCGGCAAUGUCUCGUGAGAAAAAAAGGCAAAGCACGUUUCUUCUGGAGGAGCAGGAGGAGGAAAAUUUGGAAACUUCUGUCUCAACGUCGCAGGAAAACAUUAUUAUUGAAAAUGUUACAGACGAUAUGCCCAUUGAGCCUAUGGCUUUUCUACAAGGCCUUCACUCAGGAAAUUUGAUGCAGUUUAGUCAGCAAUCCGUUUUACGUGAAAUGAUGCUACAAGAUAUCAAGACACAGAUUAAUUCUCUGCCCAAGUUGGAAAAUCACAACAAUGGUGAUUAUCAUUUUGGCAUGGUCCUCGAGGAGCCGCCAAAGUCGCACUGGAUGUUCUCAAUGCCAUUAAACAAGCUGUACAUUCGUAUGAAUAAGACUUUUAAUAUUGAUGUAAAAUUUAAAACAAAAAUGCCUAUUCAGCCUCUGAAUUUGCGAGCCUUUCUUUGCUUUGUUAAGGAUGUCAGUGGACCCGUUCUGCGUUGUCAAAACCAUUUAAGUACAGAUCCCAUUAAGGGCAAUCAAAGUAUGCGAGAAAAUUUACUACGAUGUGAAAACCCGAACACUUCUUAUUGUGGAACAUCUGAAGGAAAAAGUAUUGCAGAAAGAUACUCCGUGCUUGUGCCAUUAAAUAUGAGUCGUUCUAGCCACGAAAGCGGUGGAUUCGUUCGCCAAACCCUUGCCUUCAGUUUUGCCUGUCAGAACUCAUGCUUUGGCCGCAAGGAAACCUGUUUGGUUUUUUGCUUGGAAAACACGAACCGUGACAUAUUGGGGCAACAAGUACUGUACCUUAAAAUUUGCACGUGUCCAAAACGUGAUCGCAAUCAAGACGAACGCCACCUAGAGAGCAAUAAAAACAAGUUGUUUUUCGAUGCAUCGGAGGAGGAAGAACUUGACGCAUCAAGUGCCAAAAAGAAGUGUCGCCGCACUAUGAAAAACGAAGUUAAAGACGAAAACGAAAGCAAUGAUAGCUCCGAUGUUCACCCUGUCCCAGCUGAUUGGGAAGUCUCGCGUGCGAUAGACGGUGAUUACCGACUUGUCAUAAAAUUUUCAAAUAAGGAUUUGCUAUUGCGGAGCAUCGAGGGUAUUAUUGAAAAGACGGCUGUCGCAAUGAUACGGAACCCACAAAAUUUAAAACUACGCCAACAAACAAACCAUUUGAUGAAUUUAAAAAAGUAUGCAUUAAAGUUGUCCUAAGCAAAUAAAAUGAAAAAUUCACUUAAUCUAUAUUUCUUUCC